AAGGUUAGAAUGUAGGACGAAGUGAACCACUUCCUAAGUGAACCAGGACUAAGUGAACCACUUGGCAGUGUGCCAUCACACAAUAGCCACUAUAUAAUACAUAUGUGGUUCACUUGGUCCUGAAAUGGUACACUAAGGAACUGGUUCACUUGUGAAAUGGUUCACUUCGUCCUGCACCCAAAAGGUUACACACUACCAUGGUUUAUAUGGGAUUACCGAGACCUCGUAUCACUUCAAUAUUGUACCAUUCUUGGAGGCAUUGUACCAUAUAUACACACUAUAUAAGGAGGUUUUUACAGAUGCCAACCCUUGGAAGUGAAGAAGAUGACACCUGUGUAACAUUUGUAAUAAACAAGGAAGACCACACACUCGGCAAUUCCCUUCGUUAUAUGGUCAUGAAAAAUCCAGAUACCCAGUUUUGUGGCUACAGUAUUCCACACCCUUCCGAAGAAAAAAUUAACUUCCGAAUUCAGACACGUGGAACACCUGCCAAAGAUGUUCUGAAGAAGGGAAUGAAGGAUUUGAAUUCAGUGUGUGAACACGUUCUUAGGACAUUUGAGACCAGCAUCAAUGAGCACAAGAGAAGAAAUCAGUCUGCAGAUAUAGAGCCAAUGGACCAAUCAGCAGGGUGAUCAAGAAUGAUUUGACCAAUCAGCAGGAUGAAAAUGCCUGCUAUGUUUGGUCAGUUGGACUUCAGUCAAGAUGUUAUGGACAAGUGCUAUUCAUUAACAUGUGCAAAGCAUUUAUACAUAGUGGAUGUACCUACUUUAAACCAGUAAAUAAAGCAGUAGGAAUAUUGUACAUAUUUGAAGAAUUACACAAAAAGACUUUAAACACGCAAUACAUGUUCUUUGGAAAAAAAUUGCAACCCAUGAAUCUUAAUUCACAAGCAAUAACUGGGCUGCUUUUUUAUGUUUAUCUUAUUAUCUUUUUGAGGUUAUGUCACAUAUAUGCACACUGCUAAAUAUUUGAUAUUGCGUUAACAAUAAAUAAGAAUCUGUCUCCAUAGGUAUAUUUCUUCUAAAAUAAUAACAUGUUUCUUCUACUGAUAGGGAUUUGUAAUACAUACUACAAAUCACCAAAUGCAGAUAAUGCCAAGAAGGCGAACCUAAAACUGAUUGUUAAACAAAGCAGAUAUAAAUAUACAUGUUCAAAUACUA